AUGUUGGCCCUUCUGUCCGGUUCAGCCCUUUUACUGGGUUAUAUAAUGUUUGAUGUCCAUUAUUUCAUUAGGACGAUCGUCGUCGUCUCUUACUGCUCUCUUCGAACGAAAUUGUUGGGAAAACGGGACUUGAUGGAGGAGGAUAACUAUUUAGGAAAUUCUUUCUUUUAUCUUUUCUCUUCUUUUUCUUUCUUUUAUCUCUUCUUUUUCUUUCUUUUAUCUCUUCUUUUUCUUUCUUUUAUCUUUUCUCUUCUUUUAUCUUUUCUCUUCUUUUAUCUUUUCUCUUCUUUUAUCUUUUCUCUUCUUUUUUCUUUUAUCUUUUCUCUUCUUUUAUCUUUUCUCUUCUUUUAUCUUUUCUCUUCUUUUUCUUUCUUUUAUCUCUUCUUUUUCUUUCUUUUAUCUCUUCUUUUUCUUUCUUUUAUCUCUUCUUUUUCUUUCUUUUAUCUCUUCUUUUUCUUUCUUUUAUCUCUUCUUUUUCUUUCUUUUAUCUUUUCUCUUCUUUUUCUUUCUUUUAUCUUUUCUCUUCUUUUUCUUUCUUUUAUCUUUUCUCUUCUUUUUCUUUCUUUUAUCUUUUCUCUUUCUUUCUUUUUAUAA